AGAAUGUCUCGCGAGUUCAACGCAACUUGCGAAUAAUUAGCCCUAAACCCAACCCAAUGGAAUGCUCCGCUUGCCACCAAAAGAAACCCCUCUUCACUCUCAACUUCUCUUCUCCGAAGCAAAACUCUCUGAUCGAUCCGACUCGGAAAUGGCAAACAGGCACACUAUAAUUUUGAUGCAGUCAUCUCCAAACAGGGCAACUAGAACAUUCAUGGACUAUGAUUCCAUUAGCCAGGCAAUGGACGGGAUUUGCGGACUGUACGAAAGAAAACUUAAGGAGAUAAAUCCAACAGUCCAGAACAUAACUUAUGACAUUUCAGACCUUUACAAUUUUAUCGAUGGCCUGGCUGAUCUUAGUGCAUUGAUCUUCGAGCACUCGAUUCAGGCUUAUCUCCCAUAUGACCGGGUUUGGAUCAAGAAUCGGAUGUUUCAUCACCUGAAGAAGCUGGCUUCGCAUUGAAUUCCUGUAAUGUGACAAUGUAUGAGAACCAUGACGAGUACAUCGUGUCUAAAUAGAAAUAAUCUUAUGUUAUAGCAUUAGGUUUUGAAAAUAUGGAACAAGACAAGCACUUGAGCUGUUUUUUUUUUUUCACCCUGCUGAAUAUGCUUUACUAGUGAUAUACAAACUUCGUUGGCAAGGAACACAGGCCAGCCUCUCUUUGGGUUUUAACUGGUGGAUGAAUGAAUGGGUACUGUGGCAUUACAUGUAAGGAGAUUUUAAUAUUAUUUAGAGGCAACUGCAAUAGUUAUGGUAGGAAAA